AUGCCGCCGCCUCGAAUCGCGCAGCGGAGUGGCUCCGUGCCUAUGCGGCAUGGAAAAUUGCGUGCACUGGACGAAGUGCUCACUAGCCUAUCCAAUGCGGAGGCCAUCCGCCGUGCCGACGUAGCGGCACUUAUUACUCACAUGAACGCUUCUUCUUUGGCUCAUGCGUUGUCACUGUAUACAAGCCGAUCUACGGCGCCGACAAAUGCAGGUGUUGGAUGGCAUGUGCAUCAUGAAGAUCCCAUUGACGCUGCGAGUGUGCGGACAGCAAAGCUCGUCGUGAAUGCGGUGCUGAGCGCCCUGCAGGUGAAGCGGUCAGCCACGACGACGACGAAAUUCUCGCCGCAAGACGUAUUGCCGUGGCUUGAUGCGUUUCGGAUUUCUAUGUGUGUGCUUGUUUCGUCGAAUAUGGAUGUUCUGACACUCGCGCCUGUGGCACUCUCGGUGAUUCGUCGGCUUGCCGACGUGCACAUGGAUGAUUAUGCACUGACCGAGCUUGUCGCAUUGCGGACAUGUAUUGAUCCAUCAUCGUUCACACUAUCAGCUACACGCUCUGUGCACGAACCAGGCUCUGCAGCUGAGCGUUUACGUGCCUGUAUGUCGUAUGCAUGUGAAGCACCUUCGUCUGCAUACACGACGCUGGUUCUCGAUGCUUACGCGUGCGCUCUGCAAGUCGCGCCAGCUGUAGCUUCUUUCUUACAUACACUAGUGGAUGUGUGGCCUUCUCUUGCAGAGUGGAAUGAGUAUGGACGAGCGCAAGGUCUUGACGCCGCAUGUGAUCGCACGGCGUAUAUGGCAGAGCGUGCGACAUCAAAAAUGUCGCAGACCCUGCAGCGAAAACCGGACAAACACCAAGACGAUCCAUCCUUGACAGUAGAAGCACUGACGCUUCGUAUGGCUGCACUUGAGCUCAUCAUGCCUGCUGCAUCGCUUGACCCAGAUGCCGUUUGGGACCGCGCAGGUAGACUUGGUGCAUUACAUGGGCUGGAGGCAUCGUACAACGCUCUCGUUCAAGUGUAUGAAUCUGCACAAGCUCACCAAAUGGCAUGUGGUACGUCGUUUGAGCGCGUGAUUACGUGGUGGACACGCGCCGCCCAUGCACUUGGCCGGUGUGAUCUCGCGCCGCCUGCAUCCUCUUCGAUACCCCAGAUAAGUGGUGGUGUGUCUGAUGCUGAAACUUGGUCAGCUUGUCUGGCUGCCCUGGCAUCACCGGCUGAUGGGUCUACUUCUAUCCCCGCUGAACUCAUGACUCUGCCGUCUACACCCGUACCGCCCUCGUUUGUAUCGUCAUUGUCGUCGCAACUUCGCACUGCACUACGAAACGAAGGACCAUCGCCGACAUUUCUAAUCCGGGCCUUGCAUAUCGUGCGGCAUGUGCCAGCAACAGAGGGUCUCGCUAUGGAGGCCGUGCAUGCCGCAUGCUUGCUCUUGAAGCUCGUAUUCUCUGAACAUGAGCCUGCUUCGUUUGAUGCUUGUCUACAAGGGAGUGAGUCCGCGCAUGCCGUCGCCACUCCCCCGCAUCAGCAUACACUUGCUGCACACCUGUUUCAUUAUGGCAGUCGACUGUAUGCAGUGAAACAGUACGCGCACGCAUCGCGCUUUGUCCAGCUAGCGUGUACAUGUACAGAGGCGUCUCUUCCUGCUGAUCCUGAUGGCUCUUGGCGCAUUGCUCUCGUUCGGCAAUACCAUGUGCUUGCUGGUGCUCUUCAGCACAUGUCUCAAUAUCGGCCAGCAUACACGGCGUACAUGGCGGGUGUUCGUCAUGCAUUCCAAGCGCAGCAGAACUCAGCUGAAGCAACUGACUUGUUUGUCCGUGUCUUGCGAGGGGCGCAUCAUGUUUCGGUGUUUGCCCUGCUCGAUCCACAUGUGCUUGUGGCAGAUGUGACAGCCAUCCCUACAGCUACUGCUGAGCUGCGUGGUCGUGCGUUUGUGAGCCUGCUUGAUGAGCUCAUGCCCAUGCUGCAGCGAGAAGAAGCACCAUACGCAUUCGACACGCUGUGCACCGCGGCUUUGGACACGUAUGAUGUCGGUACACACCCGGUGGAACGUCUGCGUGUGCUGCUUCGUCGUUCCGAGCUGCGCGUCCUUCGUCAAGAACAUGUCGAUUGGGAUGACGUGCGUAGCACGGUUGACCGUGUGGCCGACAAGGCGCCAACACCCGUGCUUCUUGAACUCACUCUCACUUUUUACUUGUUAGCGACGUUAGACUGCGUACAAAUGCACUCUUACAGUGACGCUCUUGCACAUGUGCAGCAGGCACGGGCGUGGCACGAUGCACAUACGCCAGCCGCAAACAAGUCAAAUGGGCAGUCAACUCGCGCUGCAGUGCCGCGACGCGCAGGAAGUCGACGAAAUGCGAAUGCAGCGGGAGCAGCAGCCAUCGCGGCGAAUGCGGCAGCGACAAAAACACCGUCACGUAUGCCAUCACGACCGCCGUCGCACCCACCAUCGCGCACGCCGUCACGGUCAUUGGCCAGCUUACCAUCGACUCCGCAGCGUCGUGAAGUGCUGGAUCCAAAUGAUACGUCCCAUGAAUGGACAUCAAGCAUGUCGUCUCUAUUCCUCCUUGUGUGUGAUGCUCUUGUGUAUGCUGGUCUUCCUACAGCCGCUUUGGAUAUUUUGCGCCUUGCGCAAAGUGAAUACGAUGCACCGAUCAUUCAUGUGCGUCAUGCGGAAGUGUGCAUCAUGCUAGGAGCGCCUGACGCUGCUUGGGAGGCUUUGUGCCCGUUUGAGCAAACCUCGGCACGAGCUAUGCUCGUCCAUGCACAAAUCAAGGCCAUACUUGGUCAUGUAUCUGACGCACAGUCUUUGUACGAUGCAGCGAUUUCCGAGGUUGAUGUGCCGCGAUGCGGUGCAUCCGCUGCAUGGGAGCGGGGUUGGGACAAGGCGUCCUUGUGGGAGCUCCAGUCUUGUGCGGCCGAGACGUGCGCUGUCGUGUACACGGCCUCUGGCGAUGCAUCCGAAGCAUUACAUGCGUUGCUUCAUGCUCUGCGCAUUCGUCUGCGAACGGCUAUGCUGCUUGCUCAGGCUGCGCCAGCGGCGGGGAACGUGGAUAUUCAGCGCGGCGAGGAUGACGACGACGUAUUUUCAUCAUCACCAACACGAACUCGGUCGCCGACGAGACCAGACCAUCGCAGUGCCAGGCCAAGUUCUCGGCGGGUUGCCAUCUCCUCUGGAAUGCCCAGCGCCGACAAAGCGGGUGUUGCACGUGCUGCAUCCGCAUCAACCACCAAAGCACCCUCGACACGAUUUUCAGGACGUGGAAUGUCCAGCUUGCAAUGGCGCACAUCCUGUGGUAUCCUCUCUUUGUAUCGCAGUGUCUCGCAAAUGUAUGCGCGCCGUGGCGCUGUGCGUGAUGCAGAUGCAUUCGCGCGUGAAUGCGUCGACUUUGGCGACACUGUGUCCGUGCCGUGGAUGCGUGCAAGUGCGCAUGCAUGGCUCGCCGAAUGGACGUGCUCAUGUGGUGACACGGCGAGUGCCGCGCAGCUUGCUGCUCAGGCGUAUGAAUCGAACACCCAAGUGUGUCCGAGUCUUGCACGUGUGCACGCCGCUUAUGUGCUGGAUGUCGUCGCAGACGAUGGCGUAUUUGAACGUUCAAAGCAAUGCUUGCAUGAAGUCGAAGAGGCCGCAAAGAUGCGGGUCUGGCAUGACAUGCAUAAUCGCAUCACUUGUGCCCAAGCGGUGCGCCUCGUCGACACGCGAUCUGGGGCAGCUCGUGACCUUGUUUCGUCGCUUGAUGGAUGUGCCGCGCACCUCAUUCGUGCGCGCACAUAUUUGGCCGAAGCUCGCGCUGCUAUUCAAAGCGACGCCGUGUUCGGCAUGCUGCCCGACAUGGCGCGCUCCGUUCCAAGUGUGAUGCCGUCCAGUCGUCGUGUCUCGCCAGCUAUCCGCUCAGCGUAUGAGCUUCUGGAGCAGGCGCGCGCUGCUGCCGAGCACGUACUCACAAACGCAGCUGUGCUGGACGUGUGUGAUGUGCGUAUGGCGCUUGUUUGUGCACGAGAGGCUGUGCUGACGUCGGCAUCGCUCGGGCGCAGUUCUGUGGCUGAUGAAGCGUCUUCUGGCACAGCCUCGGCCCUAAGCCCAGCACCAUCCAUGAGCUCAGCUGCCUGCGUGGUGGCAGCCAUGACGAAUGCCGUGUCGUCGAUCUCUGUGCGCCGAGCGUGUGCCGACGCAAGGGUGAGACGCGCUAUGCGCCCCAAAGCCGAGUGGCUACACCGUCUAUCUGCUUCGUCGGUGGUGAAACCGUGGCGUGAAUACGAUGUCCAAGCUAUGCCUACGUGGAGCGACGCAGGUGCAGCAGCAGCGGUCAUAUCCCUGUCAUCCGAUGCUCGCGAGCUGAUCGUCGCCCGGUACGGUGAUGCGUACGAUCCGUGUGUGUUCGUGCUGCCAUUGCAUCGACAGAGUUAUCGGGAUGCGGAGGACGACGAUGACGUUCUUCACGUCGAGACGGUGAUGACGGAACUGCGACAAAUCAUCCAUUCGUCAAAUGUCGGCGUUCAAGGUGCUAAAGACGUCAAAGCCCUAGAGGCUCGCAAGGUUUGGUGGACACACCGGCGCGCGCUAGAUGCACAGCUCGGCUCGCUUCUCCAGCUCGUGCAGGACGCAUGGUUUAGUGGCUUGCAUGGUCUCUUGGCUCCUUGGCCUUCGCCCAGUGCCAUGUACUGCUUGCGAGAUAAGGUCGAGUCUGUACUGGCAUGUGCUUGCGGCUCACCUACACGAGUGCGUCUCACGCGUGCAUUACCCGAUGCAUCACUAGCAUGCCUUGCGGCUAUGCAGACGUACCGCGAUGAAGAUCUCGAGGACUGGCUCCAUUAUGCAUUAGAUGCGUAUCAAUUGGGUGGCGUGCCAGUGGCUCAGGACGAGGUGGAUCUCGACGAGUUGUGUGUGGAUUUGCGCAGCGCCCUCGACGAGUUUCACGUCAAGUACGCAGGUUUUGAUGCACAACAACAUCACAUGUACCUUGUACUAGAUCGACACCUCUGCGAGUUGCCGUGGGAGUCACUCCCUGUGCUGCGUUCCCAGUCAGUCACACGACUCACAUCGCUUGACCAAUUGCCACACUGCGUGCAAAAGAAUCCUUCUGAGCCGAUCCCUCUACGCACAUCGAAUACCGCCUACCUGCUGAACCCCAGUGGCGAUCUUACUCGCAGUGAAGAACGCUUUGCACCGUGCCUUCAAGCUCAUUCGACAUGGCAUGGCACCAUUGGUCGUGCCCCAGUCCUUGACGAAGUUGCGCAGGCCCUCGCCUCGCACGACACGUUCUUGUACUUUGGGCACUCUGGCGCAGAAAUGUAUGUACACCCAGCGCGCCUUCGUGAGCUUUCGCGAUGUGCGGCAACAAUGCUAUGGGGAUGCUCAAGUGGGGCAUUGCAAGUGCAGGGUGUGCACGAUCCUAUGGGUACACCGUAUCAUUACGCCGUUGCGCAGUGUCCCGCGCUGCUUGCCGCGUUGUGGGAUACAACCGAUCGCGAACUGGAUCUUGUGUGUGAGGCUGUGCUCCAGUGUGUCGGCCUCUUUGCAGACCGUGAAGCGACUUCGUCGUCUGAGCCAAAGCGCCUGUCGCUCUCACAGGCGCUUGUGGCAGCUCGUGAGCGAUGCAAGCUCCCGUAUCUGACGGGCGCUGCUUGCGUCGUGUACGGAGCGCCGGUGAUCUGGGUGUGA